AGAAUAGGUGAGUUCCUUCUCUCACACUUUGAAUUCAAUUUUCAAAACCCAUGUUUUAUCAUUUCUACAAAACCAUUCUACAUGGUGGGAAACGCAUUACUAGAUCUCCACCACCAAUUCACAAACUGGGUUUUCUCCAAAACCCAUCUUUAUCUUCAUCUUUGAAAUACAACUACAGCUCGGCCACUACAAAAAAUCAACAACCAUUUUCAGUCUCAUACCUUAUAAACACACUUGGGUUCUCACAAGAAGCUGCUGUAUCAGCUUCCAGAUAUGUUCAUUUCGAAACCCCAGAGAAAGCAGAAUCUGUGGUUAAUUUUUUCAAGAACCAUGGGUUCUCUCAAACCCAGAUCUCGAAACUCGUUAGAAGAUUCCCAUCAGUGCUUUUAUCUGAUCCUGACAAAACCCUUUUGCCCAAAAUUGACUUCUUUUCCUCUAAAGGCAUUCCUAGCCCUGACCUUGCAAAAAUAUUCUCUGGGCACCCUUUUCUUUUUCAAUCGAGCUUAGAGAAACAAAUUAUCCCUUCCUUUGAUUUUUAUAAAAAUUUGCUUCAAUCUGAGGCUAAGACCCUUGAAGCUAUAAAACGAUUUCCGGGUAUUCUUCAACGAAAUAUUGAAACUUGUGUGGCACCCAAUAUUAAUAUAUUUCGAGAGAAUGGAGUGUCUGAAUCGAAUAUUAUUACUCUAUUUCAAUGCCAGCCUAAUGCAUUUAACAUCAACCCGGUUCGGUUUAGAGAGAUUGUGGAGGAAGUAAAGGAAAUGGGAUUCAAUCCUUCGAGGUUGAAGUUUGCUCUGGCAGUAUUUACAUUGCGGGCUAUGAGCAAAUCAACAUGGGAAAGGAAGGUCAAUGUUUAUAAGAAAUGGGGUUGGUCUGAAGAUGAGAUUUCUUUGGCAUUUAGAAGGCAUCAGUGGUGUAUGAUGGCGUCUGAGGAUAAGAUUAUGAGGGUAAUGGAUUUUUAUGUCAACAAUAUGGGUAUGGAGUCGUCCCUCCUUAUCAAAAACCCUGAACUUGUUAAUUUCAGCUUGGAAAAGCGAUUGAUUCCUAGGGGUUUGGUUUUUCAAGUUUUGCUAUCAAAAGGUUUGGUGAAGAAGGAUCUCAAAAUGCAUACAUUGUUUAAGUGUCCUGAAAAGACAUUUCUGCAGAAGUUUGUUAUGCCUCAUAAGGAGGAAGCUUCUGAGCUGUCAAAGUUAUACAAGGAAAAAUUGGCUUCUUCGAAAUGAGAAGAGAAUGGCCUUGUUGGAUUACAUGCUUAGUUGCUCUCCAAGAUUAAAGUCAAUCCAUAUCUAGUUUUUUGUUUGUUUUUGUUAAUUUAAAUUUCUUAUGUGAAUUCUCUUUUAUUUGUUGACCAUUGAAGCGUGCGUUUCAGAACGUGAUGCAUAGUGAUCUGCUAUGCUAUUGCAAUAUAUUCAUGCCUUAUUCAUAGGCAUUACUCUGCAACUAAUUCAAUUUCUGAACUUUUGUAACUAAAGUAUGAUUUUAUCUGAGGAACUUUUGUCACUGAAAUUUUGAUUUCUAUCAUCUUGUUGCCAUAAGGAAGGCCUUUAA